GGUGAGCCCUUUAGUUCUUAAGGGACUUGUGAGAUUUUGUGAGUUAUAUUAAUUGAGUGAAACCCAAACACUAAACUAGACCAUUCCAUAAAAUCAGAUCGCAGAAUUAUGGAAGGUGAAAGUAGUUUAUCAUCAAUUUCUCUAACAUUUUUUGAUGGAAAAAACUAUCAGGUUUGGGCUGUUAGGAUGGAAGCCUAAAUGGAUGCAUGUGAUCUCUAGGAGGCAGUAGAGGAGGACUAUGAAGUUCCUCCUUUACCGGACAAUCCUAUGAUGGCUCAGAUAAAAACUCACAAAGAGAAGAAGGCCAGGAAGUCAAAGUUGAAGGCUUGUCUCUAUGCUGCAGUAUCUCCUAAUAUUUUUCUAGAAUCAUGACUCUCAGCUCGGCUAAGGCAAUAUGAGACUUUUUGAAAAAAGAAUAUCAUGGAGACGAAAGAAUUAGGGGCAUGGAGGUCUUAAACCUGGUGAGAAAAUUUGAAAUGCAAAAACUGAAGGAAUCUGAGACAAUUAAAGAAUACUCAGAUAAACUUAUCAGUUUGGCCAAUAAGAUAAAGUUGCUUGGCGGAGAACUUUCUGAUACAAGAAUUGUGCAGAAAAUCCUUGUUACUUUAGCUGAAAAGUUUGAAGAAACAAUUGCUUCACUAGAAAAUAUGAAAGAUCUGUCAAAUAUUACUUUGGCAGAACUUUUGAACUCCUUGCAAGCAUAGGAACAAAGAAGAAUGAUGAGGCAUGAGGUAGCUGUUGAAGGAGCGUCGCAAACAAGGCAACAAUUCAAUUUUGGAGGCAAAGGAAAGAAGCAAAAGUUCAAGAAGGGUUAUGCUACGUCAACAGAAGGUGUUGCAACUAAUAGCAUUUCCAGUAGCGACAAUAAAGGCAAAAAAUUUCCACCUUGUCAGCAUUUUAGGAAAAGAAAUCAUCCUCAUUUCAAAUGUUGGAGAAAACCUGAUAUAAAAUGCAGAAAGUAUCAUAAACUCGGCCACACUGAGAUUAUUUGCAAGGAGAAAGGACCAUAACAAUUAAAUGAAGCACAAUUUGCAGACCAACAAGAAGAAGAGGAAUUGUUUGUGGCUACUUGUUUUGCAAGUAAAAGUUCAAGUGAAAGUUGGUUAACUGACAAUGGUUGUACGAAUCACAUGACUCAUGAUGAGGACAUUUUUAGAGAGUUAGACAGAUCUACAGUCUCUAAAGUCAAAAUCGGUAAUGGUUAUUAUCUCCCUGCAAAAGGAAAAGGCACAGUUGCUAUUGAAAGCUACUCGGGUACAAAGUUAAUUUCAGAUGUACUUUUUUUCCUAAACUUGGUAGAAAUUUGUUGCGCGUGGAGCAGCUUUUGGAGAAUGGUUUCAAGUUUAAUUUUGGGGACAAGAAGUGUGUCAUAUUUGAUCCAAAGGGAGAAAUCUGUCAAGUUAGAAUGAGAGGAAAAAGUUUUUCCUUUGAUCCAAUGGAGGGAAAGUGUGUUGCCUAUCUAAGCCAAGAGGUGACAACAAAUGUAUGGCACAAGAAACUUGGACAUUUCCAUCACAGGGUACUCUUUUAUACGCUGAAGAACAAUAUGGUUCAAGUACUACCAUUUAUGGAGGACGAACACGCAAGCUGCAACACAUGUCAAUUAGGAAAGCAAAGCAGGAUGCCUUUUGCCAAGGCAACCUAGAGAGCAUCGGAGAAGCUUCAAUUGGUUCAUACUGAUUUAUGCAGACCACAUAAGACAGCUUCUCUUAGUGGAAGUAAAUAUUUUAUAGCAUUCAUUGAUGAUAUGACAAGAAUGUGUUGGAUUUAUUUUCUCAGGUUCAAAUGUGAAGUACUUGAAGUGUUCUGGAAGUUCAAAUCUUUGGUAGAAAAUCAAAGUGGUUGCAGGAUGAAAUGCUUAGAUCAGAUAAUGGUACUAAGUACACAUUUGAUCGAUUUUAAAAGUUUGUGAAAAUGUAGGGAUUGAGCAUCAACUCACUGCCCCAUAUACUCCGCAACAGAAUGGUGUCAGCGAAAGGAAGAAUAGGACGAUAAUGGAGAUAUCGAGGUGCUUGUUGUAUGAUAAGGGCCUACCAAAGAAGUUAUGGGCAGAAGCAGCUAACACUGUUGUUUGUUUUGCUAAACAGGCUGCCUACCAAAGCAGUGGAAGGAAAGACACCUUUUGAGGCAUGGAACGGGUAUAAGCCGUCCUUAAAACAAUUGAAAAUCUUCAGUUUUUUGUGUUUCUCUCAUAUUCUACAGGUUAAGAGGGACAAGUUAGACAAGAGAGUUGAACCUAGAGUCUAUAUUGGUUACAGUACAAUCUCUAAAGCUUAUCGAAUUUUUCAGCCUCAUGCUGGAAAAAAUUAUGGUAAGUAGAGAUGUAUGUUUUAAGGAGAACGAGGAAUGGGACUGGAAGGAUGUUAACCAGAAAUAAACUACAAGCAAUCUACCAGAUCUUGAUGAGAACAUUGAUGAUCAACCUGUGAGAGGAACAAGAUUUCUCUCUGACAUAUAUUAGAGAUGCAAUGUGGCCAUUUUAGAACCUUCUGGAUUUGAAGAAGCUAUUUUAGAUCCCAAGUGGCAAGCUGCAAUGGAAGAGGAGCUUGAAAUGAUCGAGAAGAACAAGACGUGGCAGCUUGUGGAUUUGCCUCAAGAUAGAAAGAUCAUUGGUGUUAAGUGGAUUUACCGCACAAAUUUGACAUUGAUGGUUUUGUUAUCAAAUUCAAGGCACUACUGGUUGUAAAAGGUUAUUCACAAAUUUUUGGAGUUGAUUAUUCAGAAACAUUUGCUCCAGUUGCUCGACUUGACACUAUAAGACUAUUGCUAGGGGCUGCUUCUGAAAAAGGUUGGAAAAUCUUUCAGUUAGAUGUCAAGUCAGCUUUUUUAAAUGGUUAUUUGCAGGAGCAAAUUUACGUGGAGUAACCUCAAGUCUUUUCUGUAAAGGACAAGAAAAUAAAGUCUAUCUAUUAAAGAAAGCCCUUUAUGGUUAAAAACAGGCUCCAAGGUUGUUGAGGCGACUUAUAGAAGUAUGAUUGGGUGUCUCAUGUAUCUCACUGCUACAAGAUCCGACAUUUUGCAAGCAGUAAGUGUCUUGUCCAGAUUUCUAAAUUGUACGAGUGAAAUGCACAUGAAAGCUGCCAAAAGAGUGAUCAGGAUUGCCGGAGGAAGCAAACUCUGUAUAGGGAGAAGAUGGAAGCAUGCUAUGAUGAGUGCAAGAAGGACUGCUUGUUGAUUAAUGGAAAGAGGGUUCUUUCUUUUUUUAAAGUAAUAAUUGAAGAAGGUUUCUUAGAAGUUCUGUGUUUUCCUCCAAAGUUUGCUCGAUCAGUUCAACACCUGACUGACCGGGAGACUUAUUUGGAGGACUCAUGUGGACAGCGAUGGAAGGCAACAGUGUGUAACCGUAAUGGUUCACUUGCUAUCAGACAGGGAUGGGCAAAAUUUUCAUCUGAACAUGAAGUGAAAGUGCGCGACUUCUUGGUUUUCCACUACAUUCUGGAUGAUCAGCACUUCAUUGUUCAAAUAUUUAGAACAAGCGGUUGUGAAAAGAUCAACUUCUGCACUGACAUUGGCAAAGGAAAACAAAAGGCAAGGACUUAUCAGGAUGCAACCACCCCCCUGCUUCAAAUAACAUCUGGUGCACAUUUAGAUGUUGAGAUCGACUCAGAAGCACCGUUGCCAAAGUUCAUGGCUGGAACUGAUAUGGUUAGUAAACUAGCAGAGGAUCCACUGCUGGGUCCAAAAGAUGAGAAAUCCAAAGAAGCAUCUCAGUUUGGAUUUCGAAGUUGCCGGGGGAAGAAAACUCUGUAUAGGGAGAAGAUGAAAGCAUGCUAUGAUGAGUGCAAGAAGAACUGCUUGUUGAUUAAUGGAAAGAGGGUUCAUUCUUUCUUUAAAGUAAUGAUUGAAGAAGGUUUCUCAGAAGUUCUGGUUUUUCCUCCAAAGUUUGAUGGAUCAGUUCCACACCUGACUGAUCUGGAGACGUAUUUGGAGGACUCGUGUGGACGGCAAUGGAGGGCAACAGUGUGUAGCCAUAAUGGUUCACUUGCUAUCCGGCAGGGAUGGUCUAAAUUUUCAUCUGAACAUGAUCUGAAAGUGGUCGACUUCUUGGUUUUCCACUAUGUUCUUGAUGAUCAAUACUUCAUUGUUCAAAUAUUUGGGACAAGUGGUUGUGAAAAGAUCAACUUCUGCAAGACUUAUCAGGAAGCAACUACCCCCCUGCUUCAAAUAACAUCUGGUGCACAUUUAGAUGUUGAAAUUGACUCUGAUGCACCGUUGCCAAAGUUCAUGACUGGAACUGAUAUGGUUAGUAAUCUAGCAGAGGAUCCAAUGUUGGCUCCAAAAGAUGAGAAAUCCAAAGAAGCAUCUCAGUUUGACUCAGGAGAUGCACUGUUCCUUAAUGCAGUCAACUUUUCUUGUUUGGUGGAUGUCAGUGGUCGAGAUUGUUUGGAAUUACCAGAAUCCUGGAGGAAAAAUUUACUGAAAAGGAACAAGCUGGGAAAGUGGAUUAUUUAUCUUAGAGGACCAGAUAAAAGAAUCUGGCCUACCUUUUAUCAUAGCAGAUCAGGUGUUGAUGCUUUGACAUGUGGAUGGAAACAAGUUUCUGCAGCUUGUGGCCUGAAUGCUGAAGAUGGUUGUCUUUUUCAACUUGUAGAUCCGCAGAAACGUCUAUUUGAUGUACGUAAAAUCUGAAAGUCCAGAAGUAAUUAAGAUGCCAAAAGAACUACUUGGAGUCGAUAACCUUAAACAGUUACAAGGGGAAUGAAGAAAAAGGAGCUAUGCUAGUUUAUCAUUAAUGAUUUUUGAAAAUCAUUUAAUUGUUGCCUUGUUGGGUCAUAUAUUUUGUACUAUCGUUUUGAAGCUGCACUUUUUGUGCAACUAUUAUGCUAAUACUUUUCACAAAUUGUCAUUUCAUCAUAGACAAACUUGAAAUUUGCAAUCUCAAUUAAGUUUGGUUC